AUGGAAAUCGCGUCAAAGCUUCGCUGUCCCGCCGUUCUUCUGCUAGUUUUCCUGGGUUUUAACACCAUAGACUCCUGUAGUUCAGAGAAGGUCCUGCUUGUACCGCCCCCAAGAGGCAAAAGCCACUGGAUGGCUCUGGCCAAAGUUGGCCGCGCUUUGGUGGAGAAAGGUCAUCUCGUCACUGUGGUUGUGUCGGAGGACAUUGUGGAAAAACGACGAACAGAGUGGCCUGACUUUCAGUUUGAGGCAUUCCAAGACCAGGGAAUCGAAGCAAGGCUCAAGACACUACAAGACAACGUACAUUCUGUGGCCAGGAUAUUGUCCCUCUAUGAACUAAGAGACAUAUUCGUCACUGCGUUCGGAGAGUUUAGAAACUACUGCGCACUUCUUCUGGCUCACUUCCGGGUUCCCCACAUCGCCCUUAUGCGCGGGGAUCCAAACUGCCUUGACGAAAAAGCUACCGGUGUGCCUCUUCCUCCGUCAUACGUGCCUUCUUUGGCCACGGACUUUACCGAUGACAUGAGCUUUGCACAGCGACUUCAGAACGUCUUACUGUACACUUUCUUACCUAUGAUAUCACGCUGGGGAGCGAGUAGCCUCUAUGACGAACUAGUCCGUAAGUACGUCGGCGAGGAAGAAACGAUCCAGAGCGUCACGUCACGUACGGACUUGUGGCUUUAUCUAACCGACAAUGUGCUGGAUUUUCCUCGCCCCAUCAUGCCCAACAUGGUUCAGGUUGGGGGACUGAAUGUCCGUGAGGCCGACCCACUUACUGAGGACACGGAAACGUUUGUCCAGAGCUCUGGAGAGGAUGGAGUGAUUGUCGUCAGUUUCGGCUCCAUGGUCAAGACGAUGUCGAAAGAUAAAAGAGAAAUCUUCGCGGCGGCCUUCGCCCGACUCCGACAGAAGGUGGUGUGGCGUUACGUGGGAGAGAAGCCGGCCGGGCUGGGCAACAACACCAAGCUGCUGGGGUGGCUGCCUCAGAACGACCUACUGGCCCACCCAAAGACCCGAGUCUUCGUCACUCACGCCGGGUUGAACGGAGUGUACGAGGCCCUGCACCACGGCGUGCCCAUGGUCUGCCUGCCGCUGUUCGCUGACGAGCCCGCCAACGCCGCCCGGGUGGUGGCCAGGGGGCUGGGGGUGACGCUGGACUUUAGCACGGUCACCGCAGACCAGUUGUACCAGGCCAUUCUACUUGUUCUCACCAACAACAGCUACCAUGAGACGGCCGCCCGCCUGUCCCGUCUGCACCGUGACCAGCCCCAGUCACCCAUGGAGCGGGCCGUCUGGUGGAUAGAACACGUCAUCCAACACGGCCGGCUGCCCCAUCUCCGCGCACGCGCCGUGGAGCUGCCGUGGUACCAGUACUACCUGCUGGACGUGGCCGCGCUCCUGCUGUCCGUCUGUUCAGCUGUCCUGGUGACUUUGUGGUGCGGCUGUUCGCUCGUCUGUAGGAAGUGUUGUGCUAACGGUGGUGGCAAGCUCAAGUCUCAGUAG